AUGAACGAUUCCAGCUCGGAAGAAAUGAUAAACAUAAGCAGAAGGGGGCAUCAUGUAGUGCGAAAGCGUGUACUCGAAGACCUUUUUGAAGAGGAUGAUCAUGCCACUUCUGAAGAAAGCAUUUCUUCCAUUGACUAUGAGGAUAAAGACUCUUUGUUCUUCGAAAUUUUUGGCACAGGGGAGGAGUAUGGAUACGUUCUCGAAAGUGAGGGAGAUGAAUUACAUGAAGAACCAACCAAUGGUGACGAUGCGGGGCCGGAAGAUGAGAGUGUUGAUUUGAACAAAGUGUAUGAAUAUGCAACGAAUAACAUGAAAAUCAGUCCAGAAUCUCUUAGGAAAGUUAUUGAGUUGUUAGGAAAAGGAUACAACAUUCAUUUUGUGCUAUUACACAACUCAAUUGAAGAUGUUGGUAUUGAAGAAGGAUACAAAAUUGUAGACAUUUUUGAUGAAUACAAGGAAUUCGUAAGAGUGAAGAAGAAGAUGAAAGAAAAGUAUGGGGACGAUGAACUCCUUCAAAAGAUUGAAGGGAUUCAUGCUCUUGGAUGGUAUUCUGGAUAUAAAAAACAUCUUAACAAAGACCUUGGGCUUCCAACUGAAUUGCUUUCUGUAGAAGAUUUUUGUGAAAACAUAAGAAUGAAGAAGAAAAUCCAUGAACCUUUGGAUACUUCCUCCUUUUUAAGGUUUGAUAAUGAAGUUGAGUUGGUUCGAAGAAUUUCCCUACAUCCUGUGUUUAAAAAUGCUUUGUAUGUGAUUUUUAAGAAUCACGGCGUGAGAAAUGAGAAAAGCGGGUUGGAGGUAAGAGAUGAUAUUAUAAGAAGAUGCCUGGUAGACUUCUAUUUAAGCGAUAUUUCAUCUGAUGGCCUUUGGAAUAGAUGCCGUGAAAGGAUAGUACGCUCUUCGAUAGAAAAAACGAGCAAAGACGUGAUUAUACCUUUGGUUCUUAAGGAGAUGAAACUCGAGGAGAGGAAAAAAGGUGUUUUUAUUGAAGCUAUUGAUAGAAUAGUGAAUGGGUCGAUUGGAAUCAAAGGGGAAGGGACGUACGUAUGUGGUGUCACAAAGGAAAAGAAAUACCUCAAGGCUGCAAUUGUGAAUUUUGAGGGUGAUCUGGUUGAUUGUAUAACAGUUAAGGAAGAAGAAGAAGAAGAACUUCUGAAGUUCAUUGGGAAAUUUGAUCCUUGCUGCACUGCAAUUAGCGGAUACAGUACAUCUAUCAGAUAUUUAAUGAAGUCUCUUUUACCAUGGAACCCUCUUUAUGUAGAGAACAGAAUUGGGCAAAUGAAGGCUGAGGGCACUUAUUCAUUUUGCUGUAACAUAGCAAGGGUUAUACAAUGUCCUGAAAUCGAAUACAGUGAUAUGUUAAAUAAGGGCAUCGUAUAUAUGGAAGAAACCCUGCCUAGAAGUAUAAUGGUUGAGACUAUAAAAAGGGGAAUUCUAACAGCAGUAUCAGUAACAGGAGUAGAUGUAAAUUACCUCCUUAACAACAAAAGAAGGGAAGGUUUGUUGUCAUUUCUUGGAAUAAGUGAUAUUCUAAAGAAUAAUUUAUCUAACCUGAAAUAUGUAGCAAAAUUAGAGGAUCUCCAAGAUUUGUGUGAAAAUGAGAAAGAAUACAUCAACCUCACAACAUAUCUUAGGAUACAUCCUGGCAUGUUUUCUAGAGCUUCUGAGAAUGAAAUAUUGGAUUGUACAGCCGUUCAUCCAAAAAACUACACCAUUGCAACCAAGUUGUGCACAAAUUUGUGUAGCAAAGAAUCUAUAAAUGGAAAGACUAUUGAUCCUAUAAGGAAGGCAUUAGACAACGAAAAAGAGGUACUUAGGAUGUUUGGUUCCAACGUUUUAGAAUAUGAUGAUCCUCUGGCUAUCAAUGUUUAUAAUACUUUGUUGAGUAACAACAGACCAAUAUACUCCGGGCUUCCUGAUCACCUUAUUUUCAGAGAACUAACAGGGUCAGACUCAGAUCUAAUUGGAAAAGUGAUAGAGGGAAGAAUUUCAAAGUGUGGAACCACAUACUAUCUUCUAAAUUCAGAUUCCACAUCUGCAUCAAUAUACAUAAAAAAGAACAGAGAACAAGAAGAGUUCUUCUUAAACCAGCUGGUAACUGUGAGAAUCCAAUAUAUGAAUGACUUCUUGUUAUCAUACACAGCAACCAUCGUAACUUCUGAAAAAAAGAAGCCACAUCACUCUCGCUUUAUGACACAUCCUUUGUUUAAGGACCUUAACAGUGAGGAAUCCGAGAGAUAUCUCAAAGAUAAUUCUUCUUCUAUGCUUUUAAGAAGAAGUAGGAGAGAUGGGUCCCCUGUGGUGGUUCUAAGAGUAUCUGGUGAUAUAUAUGUCCAUAUAAAGAUACAAGAGGCAGAAAAGUAUUACUACAAGGGAAAUUCAUAUGAAGACUUGGAUGAAUUUAUAUCUAGAACGGCCAAAAAAAUGCUCACGAACUUCAAGAAUAUAAAGAACCAUAAGUAUUACUUCGAAGAUGAAGAGAAACUUCUGGAAUAUCUCAAUCAAGGAGGAAGCUACAUAAGAUAUGGCUUCUGCUUCAGUAAAAAGUACCCAGGAAAGCUUUGCAUGAUAUACCGUGAUGGAUACAAUCGUAAGGAAUACAUUACAGUGGAUGACCAUUUGGUAUAUGAGGGAAAGAACUUUGGAAGCCUCGAUGAAUUUGUAAGAUAUAAAAAGUCUCUGUGA